AUGUAUAUUCCAAACCACACGCCCCACUAUCAUCGAUUCUAUCAUUGCAUGCUCGCCGCCACCUCCAACGCAUCUCCCCGGCAAAUCAUCAUACGACUGCAUCACCACACCUACAAAAAAAGCACCUCAGAAUUCUGGCCCCUCAACUUGAGAAAGACGAAAGCCCACCUCGACCCUGAUUACCCCCCCUUCACCAGUCCCGGCAACAUGGAAACCCGCAAAAGAGACACGAGAACCCGGGACAAACGAUUCCACCCACUCCAAUGGGAAGUUACCCGGCUUCACAACGACUUUGACGUCAACGCGGAAACCAUAUUAUCGACCGAUUUCAAGCAGCCCUCACAGUCAAGGGCCUUGGGUAAAACACCAAAUCCAAUUGACCCGUUCGUCGCGCUAGGAGCGGGUUGA